UUGGCGGUGUAAUGCUUUUCUGAUCUCUCUCAUCUCAUCUUAGGCUUAGUUAGAUCUAACAAUUCCUUACAUUCUGAAUGCGGUUGGUUAUGAAUGUGACACCACCUAAGGCAUCACUUUCUUAGAAGAAGUAAUGACAAGAAGACAAGCAAGUUCCACGAGACGUGGUGGUGGAAGCUUUUCCCUUUCAGGAGUCUUGAAUUCGAAAUCAAAAUCUUCUCCUCUAUUAUCCGUAACCCUUGUCCUUUUGGGAGCUUUCCUUCUCAUCAUUUAUGCCUGUGGUGGUGGGUCAGGUCUAUUGGGAGGAAGAAAGGAUGUGGUUAGCAGGGUUGAAGGUGAUUUUUCAUGCACAUUUGAAGUUCAAAGAGCAAUUCCGGUUUUGAAGGAUGCUUAUGGUGGCAACAUGAAAAAUGUUUUGCACGUAGGCCCUGAAAGUUGUUCAGUGGUAUCCAAAUUAUUAAGAGAAGGGGAAGCUGAAGCAUGGGGCGUGGAGCCAUAUGACAUAGAGGAUGAUGAUAGGAACUGCAAGGCUCUAGUGCAGAAAGGCAUUGUACGUGUUGCAGAUAUAAAAUUCCCUCUACCAUACAGGGCAAAGUCUUUUUCUCAUGUUAUUGUUUCAGAUGCUUUGGAUUACUUGUCUCCAAAAUAUUUAAACAAAACUCUUCCUGAACUAGCGAGGGUAUCUGCUGACAGUAUUGUUAUUUUCACAGGUUACCCAGGUCAACGGAGAGCUAAAGUCACACAAUUAUCCAAAUUUGGCCGCCCGGCUAAAAUGCGAAGUUCAUCUUGGUGGAAACAAUUUUUCACUGAAACAAGCUUAGAACAAAAUGAAGACGCCAUGAAGAAGUUUGAGCAAGCUGCAUCAAAGAUGUCUUUCAGUCCAACCUGCCAAAUUUUCCACCUAAGUUCAAACCAUUGAUAUCUUGAAAUUCGAUUAAUUGAUUAUUCACCAUUUGGUACUUUUUGUAUUGCUUUAAACAUGAGUAUAAUGUCACCAAUCAGGCAAUUUUGUUUUACCAGUUAUGGAUAAGCAUUAGGGUGCCUGCUUGCUAAAAGAAUCGGCAAAUUCAGAUGUAACAUAGA